AUGAAAUAUAUAACUAUUUCGGCGUUUACUGAAUCUCAAGAUGAUGAUGAAGAAUUCAGCGACUCUGAGGACGAAUACGAAUUCAUCUGCACCGAAUUGACGAAAAUAGAAUUGCCGGACGACUUUACCCAUCCCGUGCUAUCUCCCUGUGGUGAGCACGUUUUAACUGUCACAGAACACGAGAUAAAAGAAAUGGAAAAUAAAUAA